AUGGCCUCCAACGCGGCAGAUAGCGAGUUUAUGCGCCCUCCCAGUGAAACGGAAUAUACGCCUGUAUACCGUGAACCCUCGUAUUACAACCCUCUACACACCUUCCAACUACCCCCCGGCCAAGAACGGCACUAUCAACAACAAUAUGGCGAUAUGUAUUUCUUGCGACUCGCAAAGCUGAAACCGGCAGUAGAGGAGGUGGCAGUCGAAGCAUGGGAAGGAUUUAGUGUUGCAGGAGAACACGCGCGUCGGGUAGAACGUGUUUUGGAUGUGAGGCAGGGAGAGCUCUGCUGGGUGGCCGGAACAAUCUACAUGGACAUGCCCUUGAAACCCAACAUUCUGGAUGACUUGACGAAAGAUAAUUAUACAUUGGCACCCCCGCCUCGCCGCACAUAUCUCGAUCCUUCGAAUCCCGACUCGACGCAGAUCAUGCUCGAAGACGAAUCAGGUCGCUUGCGAUUGACGGGGAGUAUGUUGCGAUCCACGCAAUUGGCAACGGGCGCUAUAGUUGCUGUCCUGGGAACUGAAAAUGCCAACGGAGACUUUGAGUCGAUUGACAUCAAGGUCCCUGAUCUGGCUCGGCAGCCUCGUCGGUGGGAGAGAGACGAGUCUGUCUCGGAGGGUGGAGCCAAAAAGGGCAAGAUCGCUUUCGUGAGUGGUCUUGGAAUAACGGGAACGUCGAGUGACACCCUGGCCCUGGAACUUUUGACGGACUAUCUACUGGGUUACACGGGUACUUCGGCGAGUAACGAUGACAGCGCACCAUUGAAUGCGUCCGCAAUCACGAGACUGGUCAUUGCGGGAAACUCACUCGGAGCCAGUAUAACCGUGGACCCCAAUGAGAAUGGGGCUGCAAAGAAAAAGAGCGGCCCGAAGAAGUACGGAUAUGACGCCUCUGCUUACAAUGCCUCGCCCAUCACCCAAUUAGAUAACUUCCUCGCGGAGAUCCUGCCUAGCAUACCGGUGACUCUCAUGCCAGGCGCAAGUGAUCCCGCAAAUUUCGCCUUGCCUCAACAAGGGAUCCAUCGGGCCAUGUUCCCGCGGGCAAGAGCAUAUUGCGCUGCACCUCCGUCGGGCGGUGAGACGCUAGAACCAGGCUGGUUCGACAGCGUCACAAACCCAUGGGAGGGCGACAUCGAAGGCUGGCGUGUGUGGGGCUCGAGUGGACAGAAUGUCGACGACGUCCUUCGCUACCUCGAUUUUGCCGAUGAGGAUGGAAAUAUCGAUGCUAAUGGCGAUGGGGAGGCCCGGGUUCGAAUCAUGGAGGCCAUGCUGCGUUGGAGAUGCGGUGUGCCCACGGCACCUGAUACGAUCUGGUCUUACCCCUUUCAAACACACGAUCCGUUUGUGAUGGAAUCUUGUCCCCAUAUCUUCUUCACCGGCAACCAACCCGGUUUUAAGACCGCCGUGAUCGAAAGCGAUGCACCAUGGAGACUCAACGGAGCCGACACUGAGAUGACCGACUCUAAUGACACCGCUGCGACCCAGCGAGUCCGCCUUCUGUCCAUUCCCAAGUUCCACGAAACCGGGGAACUUGUUCUAGUGGACACGGAGACCUUGGAGACGGAGGUGAUCAAAUUCGGGGCAUUUGCCGGGAGCGAAGAAAAGCAAUGA